CUUGCGGGGCCUCCAAGCACCAUGUUCUACUCUCAGCUUGUGCUCGCAAAGAAGGGGCCGCUGGGCAAGAUCUGGCUGGCGGCGCACAUGGAGAAGAAGGUGCCCAAGCUGCAGAUCAUGGCGACCAACAUCCCCGAGUCGGUGGACAACAUCGAGAACCCCGACUGCCCGAUGGCGCUGCGCGUCUCCGGCCACCUGCUGCUCGGCGUCGUGCGCAUCUUUUCGCGCAAGGUGACGUACCUGAUGUCGGACUGCUCCGAGGCGAUCGUCAAGAUCAAGGACGCUUUCCGCGGCCCCGGCGCUGUCGAGCUCGCGCCGGGCGCCUCGACGCGCCGGUAUGAGGACAUCACCAACCCAGAGGCGUUCGACGAGAUGGACCUGGACGCGACGCUGCCGUCGCAGCAGGCGUUCGCGCAGCAGGAGGAGGACGAUCUCCUCGCCGGCAUGGCCCUCCCCGAGGGCUACGGCGACGUCACCGACGCCGCCGACGCCGGCCUCGGCCUCGGCGGCGACGCGACGCUCGAUGGCGACGGCGGGCUUGGCGGGCGCGCGGGCUUCGGCGAGGACGGGUUCGGCGCGGGGGCGGGCGAGGCGGAGGAGGCGGGGUUCGGGUACAACCACGACAUCGCCGCCUUCGAGGCGCCUCUCGAGCUGCACGAGCCGAAGCGGCGCCGCCGCUCGGCUGGCGGCGAGGAGGAGGAGGACGAGAUGGAGGUGGAGCGGAUGCGGUCGGCGACGGACGGCGUGUCGCCGAUGGGCGGGGCACUGGUUGGGACGAGCGGCGGCGAUGGCGACCUCUCGCAGCUCGCGCCGGAGCCGGAGCCUGCCCUCGACUUUGAGCCGCCUCGCUUCGACGAGGAGGAGGACCCCCUUCCAGGCCUGGGCGGGGCCGUCGUGGACGACUUUGACCUCGCGCGCCGCUCGUCGGUGCGCUCGUCGCAGGGACCGAACGCGCGCGGCUCGCUCGCGCCGGCCGACAGCGCGCGCAAGCCUGCGGCGCGGCGCAACAACAAGCGGAAGAUGCUGCUCGACGACGAGCUGCAGAUCCCGACCGCGCAGAUGAAGGCGCAGCUCGCCGACACCUCCGCCCUCCUGCUCGACCUCGACGCGCUGCCAACCGGCGGCGGCGCCAUGGCCGCCGACGCGGCCGCCGCAGCGCCCGCCGCCGACCCCUUCCUCGCGCCGCCCGACCUGCCCUACGUCCCCGCCGCGCUGCUCUCGCUGCCGUGCUUUGCGCCACACCAGCCCGCGCCGUCCAACAAGCGCCGCCGCUCCAGCGCCGGCGCGGCGGCGGCGGCGGCAGAGGAGGAGCGGCCACCGCCGGAGGAGGAGCCGCCGCCCUUCGACGAGCCCCUUCCUUUUGACGAGCCGCCGCAGCCCGACGAGACGUUCGACGAGCCACCGCCGCCGCCGUCUGCUUCCCGCCCCUUCCGGCCGUCGCCCGCGGGCCCGCCGCCGCCCUCGUUCGCCGCGAACAUGGAGCUGCCCGAGGUUGCCGCCAACGACGUCGCCGCCCCCGCCGGCGGUGGCUCGCAGGAGGAGGGGCGCACCUCCGAGGAGAAUUGGUCGCUGCGCACGCAAAAGAUGUACGGCGUGCUCGCCGAGGCGUUUGACGAGUCGGGGGGCGUCGCGCUCUCCUACAACGCGAUGAUCGACGCAACCUCGACCGCCGCCAAGCGCAAGGUCGUGGCGGGCUGCCUGCAGGAGCUGCUCUUCCUCGCGACGCACGGCGUGACGGAGCUCGCGCAGAAUGAGCCGUACGGCGACAUUGUCAUCGGCAAGGCGGACGGAUUCGACGACGUGAACAUCCAGAUCGCCGCCGCGUGAGCCCCUGGCCCGACACACAUCUGGCUCGUACCCCGCAAACCGCAUCUGGCACGGCCGCUCCCUCGCCACUGCAUGCAGCCACAGAGGCCGGGCUGCCGUGUCGAUGCCCCUCCUCCCGCCGGGAGUCAGCGCCCCCUCACGGGAGGAGGAGCGCCGCUCCCGCGACCGGCUGCCGCGCCCCGCUCUGUCGUAUACAGUACUCUGCACCGCGCGAAGGAGGCACUUUGUAUCGCCGCGGGCGACGCCGAGUGGCUGAAGCCGUCCGCGCUUGCGUUGGAAGCAUGUGGUGAAUCUCGUCUGCAUCUCGUGUCCCUUCUGUGUUCUGCCUGCUCUAUACUUUCGUGCUCGCGCCUCCGCGGCCGUGGCGUGGCCUUGUGACGCCUUGUUUGCCACGGGGAGCGCGCGCCUUUACUCGCAUAUGUGUGUUAAAUGCCGUUUUCACUUU